AUGGCCGAACCCACAAAGCAGGAAACAGAGCAGGUAUUCAAAGUUCUGCGGUCCCAGAAGGGCAACAAGACAUGUUUUGAUUGCCAGGCGAGGAAUCCAACGUGGUCGAGUGUCACCUUUGGAGUGUACAUAUGUCUAGAUUGCUCAAGCGUGCAUCGCAACAUGGGUGUGCACAUCAGCUUCGUUCGUUCGACGAACUUGGACACCUGGCAGCUCAGUCAGCUGCGCAAUAUGAAGGUUGGAGGGAAUACUUCAGCUACGGAGUUCUUCACGAAGCAUGGAGGAUCAUCUUUGCUUACUGAAUCUGACACGAAGAAGAAAUACUCGAGCCGCAUUGCUGAACUAUACAAGGAGGAACUGUCUAGACGUGUGAAGGAGGAUGCUGCCAAGCACCCGAAAGGGAUCUUUGUAGAUGGCGCUGAAACAUCGGCCUCCCCAGCCGUUAAAGAAGAGGCUGAGGAGGACUUUUUUACCUCGUGGUCCAAGCCAGCUACCCCCAAGGCCUCCGCGCCGUCGACCCCGCGAUCUGGUACUCCUUCGUUAGGUGCGAAGAAUGGAACCAGUGCUCCUUCAACAACUGCCCCCGCUGCCCCACGUACAAUUACUUCCGCCAAUAGGGCCGCCAAGCUAGGCGCAACGCGACUCAACUCUAGUUCCUCCACGACUUCUACAACUUCUACGACGGUCAAGAAGUCCCGGUUGGGUCUUGGCGCGGCUAAGACCAAGCCCGUCGACUUUGCGGAAGCCGAGCGGAAAGCUUUGGAAGAAGCAGAGAGGAUCAAACAGCUCGGUUAUGACCGACAGAGGGAGGAGGAGGAGGAACGAAUCAGAAAAGAAGCUGAAGCAGCUACGGCUGCUUUAGCCGCCAAGGCAGCAGCACUCGAGAUCGGAUCGAAUAAAAUCGCUGUUAGUAGCAAUGGCAAGGCAGCAACGCCUGCAGCAAAAAACGCAGCUUUCCCAAGAUUAGGUUUUGGAGCUAUCCCUGGGGCAGCAGCUGCUGCUGCUGUCGCCGCCACAACGUCGAAACCUAGCACUUCCACUAUAGUCGACGAAUCACCUACUGCGGCACGCGAACGUUUCGGAAAUCAGAAAUCCAUCUCAUCGGACAUGUAUUUCGGGCGCAACGCAUAUGACCCUGACGCCGUCAGCGAGGCUCAGACUCGUCUUCAAACCUUCCAAGGUGCAACGUCUAUCUCUUCCAACCAGUACUUUGGACGGGACGAUGAAGACGACUCUGGACUUGAUCGUAGCGCCGAUGGCAACCUCCUCGGCGAUGGCAACCUUGCCAACAUCGAAGCAGCAGCGAGGGACGCUGUCGCCAGAGUCCUGGCUAACCCAGACGUUCAGAAUGUCGGAGAAUCAAUCCGUGCUGGCGCCUUGAAGUUGUCCGACUAUCUCGCCCAAAUGUCUGAGCGGUAG